AGAAAACCGGAGAUGGCAUCGAGAUCACUUCUGUCAUCGUGGCGGCCAAUCGUAGCAAGGUCCCCGCGAUCAGCGCCUCUACGAUUCCGAACACUCGCUACCGCGACCACCGAAAUCGCCUCGACGAACCCUACUGAGGUCGCACAAACUUCUACGGACCCACCAGCACCAACCAAACAGAAAGACCAUGAAGGUAUCUCGUAUGAAGAUCUUCCCACGAACGUCCAGGCGGUGUAUCAUGAACCAGCAAGACACAAGCCCACUCAUGGCAUCACUGUUUGCAACCUCCAACUUCGCGGCUACUACCCCUAUACAAUGGAUUUCUUCGCCGAUUUUGCUUUACGUGCGGCCUACUACUUAAAGAUGCCCGCCUCCGGUGUCGUACCACUGCCCAACAAGACUGAGAGAUUCACUGUCAACAGGGCACAUUUCGUGCACGCCAAGAGCAAGGAGACUUUCGAACGUGUCACUCACAAGAGAUUAAUUCAGAUCAAGGAUGCUCAUCCGGAGACCGUCGAGGUCUGGUUGGCGUACUUGCGGGAGAACCAGUAUGCGGGUGUGGGUAUGAAGGCUCAUAUUUUCGGUUACGAUGAGGUCGGCAUUGGCAAUCGCAUGCAAGAGGAGAUGGAAGCCGUCUUCGCUGAGGGUAAUGUCCGCCCCGCCGAGUUGGCUAAACAGAUCUUGGAAACUCCUGAAUACGCCAAGCACAUGGACGGCCAAGAGGUUGAGGUCAAGGCUGGUGAGCUGAAGACGAAGGUAGUGGAGCAGGCGAAGGAGGCUACUGAGGCUGUCAAGGGAACCGUUGAAAAGCCCAAGCAGGCCCUUAACGAGGCUCAGCAGCAAGUAAGCGAGACGGCCAGCACCAUCAAGGAACUUGUCAAGGACGCUGCUGAGGUGUCCAAGAAGACUGUUCAGCAUAAGAAGGUUCAGAAGAUGGCCAAGCAGGUUGCUGAAGCUGUUAAGGAAAAGGCUGCUCCCGUCGUGGAGGCCGCUGCACCCGUCCAGGAUAAGGUAAAGGAGGUUGUCGAGCAGGUGAAGGAGGCUGCCGCUCCUGUUGCUGAGAAGGUUGAGGAGAAGGCUACUCCCGUUCAGGAGAAGGUCCAGGAGGUUGUCGAGCAGGUGAAGGGGGCUGCCGCUCCUGUUGCUGAGAAGGUUGAGGAGAAGGCUGCGCCCGUUCAGGAGAAGGUCCAGGAAGUCGUCGAGAACGUCCAGGAAAAGGCUAAGGAGGUUAUUGAGAGCGUCCAGGAGAAGGUUGCUCCUGCACAGGAGAAGGUGACUGAGGUUGCCGAAUCCGUGAAGGAGGCUGUUGCUAAUGCUGCUGAGGUUGCAAAGAAGGCUGUUGGUAUUGAGGGUGAGAAGAACGAGAAGAAUGAAAAGAAGGACAAGAAGGAGGAGGAGGAGGAGAAGAAGGAUGCAUAGAUGGGCGUUGUGUGAUGUGGUAAGGUAUAUUAAAAUGAGAUAUAUGGAGAAGAGGAGG